AAAACAUCAAUGGGAAGAUUCAAAUAAAACAAUAUCAAGUGAAUUAUGGAGUUGAGAUUCAAAUCAUACUUUUCAACGUUAUUAAUAAUGUUUCAAAUGUGUGUGUCUAAUAUUACAGAGAAACUUGACUAAUUAGCCAUAUUACAGAUGAAAGCAACUUAGUACACCUAAGGGGACUUUUGAUUGAGGGAGAUGUGUCGAUAUUGGCGCUUUUCGAACGAUGUGUUAUGAAAACUAGUGAUAACUACUAAGUAGUACAUUUAUAAGAAGAUUGAGAAACGUUCAAAUAUCAAAUGACAAGAUGAAUUUCAGUCAGUGUUAUUUGUGCAUUACUAGCGUAUUCGCCUUAUUCCCUAACGACCAUCGUGGUCAGGUGAAUUAUUCCAGUCAUGAUCCGUACAUUUUAGUCUUCUGCUGAGAUUUAGGCAAACGAUUCGGGAGGAUUUUUUGUGCCUCAGUUUAAAGGGAUUUGUCCUUUAAUGGUCUUAGUAUGAGACAAAUCGUUGAAGAAAGCACACAACAAUUUUCAUUGUUCGUUUAAGGUAAAAGCUUUCAGCCUUCUAGUCAUUAACUAACAAUGCCGAAUGUAUGUAUUUUUAGCUCCCCACAGCUCAGAAUUGACACAGAAACUAGAGAAACUAAUAAGAAGAAAAGUAGAAUGAAGAGGUAGUCGAAAAUAGAGAGGAGCAGAUACUAUUGCAGAAAUAAUAACGUUGAAUAACAAUGGCCUAAAAAUCCAAAAGACGAUGGAGAAUAAAUACAUCUGUUGUAGAUUACCAUUUUAGGUAUUCAUCUUUGAUUGAAAUCACUGAGCAAGUAAAAACCUGGAAGUUUGCAGCUUAUCUUGGAAAGUCAAUGACUUCACCAACCUAUGCCAUAUCAUGUUCUCGCCACACCUUGUACUUUUUCAACUUUCUCUUAUACGAGGCGAUCACUUGGUAUCCUCAUUGCACUCCAUAGCACAGUUAGUCUAUGAAAGUUUAAUGAAUCACUUAUCUUUUUGGUGAUUCCGCCUAUAAACCCAAAUUUAACCUUACUAUCAUUAACAUGGUAAUUUCACCGUAUGCAAUGUUUUUAAGCUUUUUAAGCACCUAUUUCGACUUAAGAAGCGUACACUCGUUUUGAUGGAAAGAUAGAUACCGGCAUUUUGCUAGCAUCUUCAGAAAAACUACUCACGAUUUCAAGACAUUUAAUAGUUAGGUUUGAUUAUUUUAACAAUUGUGUGCUGGGAAAAAUUCAUCUUUUAAAAUAUUUUGUAGCCACCAUGAAUUGCACAAAGGUAAUAUCAAAAAUAAAUUCACAAACAAAACUGUCAGAGUUUCAUUUUGAUUUCUUGAAUAUCCCCACACUGAUAAACUGUGAAAGUCAAUCUGAUAGCUAUUUCGCGGAUAAUUUUGAUAAAACAUCAAAAAACUAUAAAUCAGAGUGCUUGAACUUUGAAGAUUCAUUGAAGUUUAGGAAAGUUUUGAAGGAAGAGUUAUACAGUAAUCUUUUUGAUCAAACAACUAUGAAAUCUGAAUUAAAGAACGCUUGUAAGCCCGUGUUAAUUUUACUCUGUAUUUUAUUUUAUUGUUCUACAGUAAGUGAAUUUCAAUGUAGACGAUGUUUAUGUUCUGUGUUCUAAAGAACUGAAAUAAAUAAACUUAUAGGUUCUGUUGUAAGUCACUCCGAUAUUUGCAUUUAAUUGUCUAUACAAAUCUAUCAUCUAACAUUCUAACAUGUAUCACUACAACAGAAUACUUAUUCAAUAUAAAAACGUUAACUAAAUAUCAAUUUGUCCAAGUUUCAUUAUCAGAUUAGAAGUUAGAUGUUUUCAAGUACAUUAAAUGUUCUUGAUGAGUCAACUGUUGUUCAUUCACACCGUGCUACAGAUCGGGAAAUUCUUUUUUGUGUGGACUUAAUUACUUUAGAUAUUUCGAUUUUUGUAAUUUUGAAAAAAAGCUGAAUACAUCAGUGUGAUUUUUAAUUUUAUUUGACUGCAACUUAAACCUGGAAACAUGAUAUAUUUAUUUCGCCAUAGCUAGAGGUUACGUAAUAGUAUGAACUUUGAUCAUUGUGUUGGGUGAAAUCCAGGACCUUUUGGUCUUUCAAGUGGCUGAAGUAUUCCAACGAAAGUUUCUAAUUACUGUAUAGGUUAAUAAAUACGGUUACUACCAACUAGCCUUAUUGAAUACAACCAAUGAACCACAAGCAAGUGUUAUUUUCUGACUACUCUAUGCCUCAAUGAGCUAUAAAAAUAUCGGAUGACAAGAAUUGUUGUAACUGACAAGAUAAUUACAUUAAACCACUCUAGGACAACACAUCACCAGUCAAUGAAAUCAAUAGUAAAAUCAGAGCCAUGUCCUCAGUUUUAUGAUCUCAGUUAAUUUACCGUUGUCUUUUUAUGAAAAUAUCAGUUAAAUAAUGUCUUCAGAAAUAGCCUCUAGGCUGACGUUUGCUCAAACAAAGUGGCUAACUAUGAACAUUUCGUAGAAUGCUUUGAGUUAGAUUUAGGAUAUUUGAUAUGUUCUGUGAAUAGUAAACUGAUUUCAAAAAACUAUCUACUCAUUAUCAGGGAAGUAUUUGUGUAUAUUUGUUGCUCUAUAAACUUUAGUAACCUCACUAGUACUAAUGACAUUGGUUAGAUACUCUUUGAUUUUAUGUUUGUCAUUUUCUCUUAGUUACAUGGAUUUCAAAAAUAUUUUUCGCGAGUGAAUUAUAUGAAAAAUGUACCAGUUAAUUUUCAAUUGUGCCCUUGAGAAGUUAUUCGUGUUGUUGUGAUUGGUUCUAUUGUAAUGUAGUUAAUUUGGCCAAAGGUCAAUUCAUUAAUACUUACUUUCUGCUCUUCGGAACAACAUGGGGACUUGUUUGUGCAGACUUAUUGUCAUUUUGUUUGAAUAUUUUUCUUUCAGUGUUUCACUGGGCUACUGAAUGUGGAAUCGAAAUCAGAAAAUUUUCAUCAAAUGAAAUCGAUAAUGUUUUUAACCAGUUAAAUAUAAUAGAUGCAAAGAUUCAGUUGCAAACAAUUGUCUCUAUAGGAAUUUUUGAAGCAAAUCCAAACAGUGAACAGAUUGCUAUUCUCCGUGGUUUCCUUUUGCGCAAUAAUCACGAAAUUGUUUUAGCUACUUGCUUGUGUCUUAAUAUAAUAGGUUAUUCUAAUCAAACAUGUAUUGAAAAACUAAAUACUUUGAUCACAAUGGAUCAAAGCUUAUUAUGUAUGAAAUCAUUAAAUAACAAAAUAUCAUCUACAUCUUUGAAUCUAUUGAAAUGGGCAUCAUCAAUUUGUUUAUGUAAAUUAGAUCAAUGUAAUUUAAAAGCAUUGGAUAUUUUAACUAAUCUUCUAUUUGAUCAGUUAAUUCAAUUUAUUCCCGAACAAUAUCCAAACAAAGCUUACUAUACUCAAAUGAAAGAGUUCAAUGAUUCAUUGAAUAAAUCAUUAAAUUUAGAAGAUAAAUAUAUGAACUCAUUUGUUUCGAUUCUUUCAAAUCUCAUAAAAUUUGAUAUAAACAAAUCAAAUAUCUUUUUAAAUAGAAUUAUCUACUAUUCUGAAAUUAAGAUGAUUUUACGUCUUAGUAAGAAUCAUUCACAAAUCGAACAUUACUUGACUGAUUUUUUGGAUUCACCAAAUUGGAGAAUAAGAUUAUGUUCAUGUUGGCUUCUAUCCAUUUUAUUGUGUGAUUUAAGUAAAGAUACACUUACAAGAGUAAAUCGUCUUAUGCUAUUAGAUUGGAAUACUAUGUUACGGAUAGCUUCACUUCAUUGUCUGGAGAUAAAUUUAAAAGGGAUAGAUGUAUCUUUAUUAUGGUCAAAUUGUUUAUUCAAUGACCCAUUUUUGUCAAAUGAUAACAAUAGUACUAUAAUAAAUAAAAUAAUUCAUGACUUAUCUAUAACCCCUAAAUCAAUCCCUUAUCGUCGUGCUCAGAGAAUAUACCAAUUAGCUAUGAAUGGUCUUUCACACGAUGAUUUAAUCAAACAGCUUCAUUUGGCUUUAAUGGAUGAAUGUAGUUGUGUACGUAAAAUGGCAUGUGUUAUCAUUGAGCAACAGGACGUAGCUACAGAAACAGUCAUUUUUAAUGAAUUGCUUAACAUUUUAAAGAAUGAUAUGAAUGAUAACGUUAAAAUAAUGGCUAUAAGAGCUUUAAAAACAAUAUCUGGUUCUAAUAAAGAUAAUAAAAAAUCAGAACAAGUUCAAAAUGUUUUAUAUCAUAUUAUUCAAUCUGAAUUCAAUCCAUCUAUCCGACAGAAAAUAUUUCAUCUUUUAUUAUGGUUUAUUCAAACACGUUUUAUAAUCUAUGAUACAAGUGAACAUUUAAUGAAUAAUGAAAUUGAUAUUUUAGCUAAAACAUUAAUUCUCAAUGAAUAUAAUUCAUUAAAUGCAAAAAUAAUAGAUUUUAAUGAAUUAUUUAAUAUACAAAAUGAUAUGAUAGAAUCUAUUUUAAAUUAUGAAAAUGACUGUGUUGCUAUGGAAACAAAUUAUUCUAAUUUAAUACGUAAAAUAUUUAUACCAAACUAUAAUAUGUUUAUUAAUGAUAAAGGGAAUCAAAUGAAAUUAAAAAAUUGCUUUCAAUGUCAUCUUUAUUAUUUAUAUAAUUUUUUAAGAAAAUCUUUAAAAUAUGAAAACUGUGAAGAGAUUCAAUGUGAAUUAUCUACUAUGGUAAAACCAUUAUUUGAUCAAAUAUUAAAUGAAGCAAAUAGAAAUGCAACAGAAAAUUAUUAUUAUUCAUAUCAUGAUGAUACAGAUUUAUUAAAAUCAUUAAUGAAUGAAAAAUGUAAUGAUAUAGUGAAAAUUUGUUAUGAUAUUAUACGAUAUUCUUAA